AUGGACGGCCCGGUCCGCAGGAAGCGGCGGUCCCGGUCGCAGCGGGACCGGGCGCGGCGUUCCCGGGGCAACGGGCAGGCCCCGGGGGGCUCCGGCCGGGCCUCCUCCUCCUCCUCCUCCUCCCCCUCUCCCUCCUCCUCCUCCUCGUCGUCGUCCUCUCCGUCCUCUCCGUCCUCCCCGGACAAUGGGCAGCCCCCGGCCCGGCCCCGCCCCCGGGCCCCGCGCAGGAAGCGGCGGGACUCCACCUCGCCCGAAGAGGACAUCAUUGACGGCUUCGCCAUGGCCGGCUUCGUCACUCUGGAAGCCCUGGAGAGGGACUCAUCGCUGAAGUCUCCUCGGGAGCUGGGGGAGAAGCCCCAGAAUCCCUUGGCCAAGAAGAAGCGGGAGGCCCAGGCCCUCAGCGUCGGCAUCGGCAUCGGGCCGGCCUAUCACCCAGGGAAGACUCUGCAGUCACUGCGGCCCCGUGGCUCGGACCGGGAGAACAGCCGUGGCCUCUGCCGGCGGCCCGGGAAGAGGAGAAGGAGGAGGCCCCCGAGGGGGCUGAGACAGGUCCAGCCAGGCAUGGUGUCCGGCCGCGGCCGGGGUGACAGCGACAGUGGUGGAGACAGCGGGGACUCCAGGGGCUUCAGUCCUAGCAGCAGCUCCCGUGAAGGACUCGGCGGUGAUGACGAUGAUGAGGAUAGCCCGGCACCUUCCAGCCUGGGGACUGGCUACUUUUGCGACAGUGACAGCGACCAGGAAGAGAAGGCAUCGGAUGCUGGCUCCGAGAGGCUAUUCAGCACCGUCAUAAGCAAAGAUCGAGAGCCUGGCCCCGGCCCGCCCUCCGGCAGUGAGCGCCUGGACGUCAGGGGGGCGGGAGUCCCAAAGGUUUCGGGCCUAGCCAGGAGCCAAGAAAGAAGUCAGGACCAGGAGCUGAUCUUGGAGCCCUCUGCCCCCCGAGACUCCCGCCCCCCUGCCGCACCUCCCCCGCUGCCCCAGACCCCGCCCGAACCGCCUGCCCCCAGCCCCAUUCCGUUACCACUGCGCCUAGAGGCCCCUCCAGCAGUGCCCCCAGGCUCCCUCCUGGAACCACAGCCCCCGAGGCCCCAGCCUCAGCCUCCCCUCAUCCAGGCAGGCCCUCCAAGCCUGCCCCCCGCCGCUCCACCUCCCCCAGCCCCCCAAGUCCUCCCCCAGCCACUGACGGCCUACAAAAGCAGCAGCCUCAGCAGCUUAAGCAGCAGCAGCAGCAGCAGCAGUAGCCGGAGCAGAAACAGCCCCCCGGCCAAGGCCCAGCCGCCGCCGCCGCCGCCGCACCUGGCUCACCACACACCUGUCUCCUCCUACCCCCUCGCCCUGCACAGCCUGGCCCCCACCCUCCAGCCUCCCACCCACCACCCCACCAUGUUUGCCCCAUCCACCGCCCUGCCCCCGCCACCCCCACUCACCUCUGGGCCCCUGCAAGUCGCCGGGCACCCUGCGGGAGCCUCCUAUUCAGAGCAAGACCUCUUGCGCCAGGAGCUGAACAGUCGCUUCCUGGCAUCGCAGAGCACGGAGCGCGGGGCCUCCCUGGGGCCCCCGCCCUACCUGCGGACGGAGUUCCACCAGCACCAGCACCAGCACCAGCACCAGCACCAGCACACCCACCAACACCAGCACCAGCACACCCACCAGCACACCUUCACCCCCUUCCCCCACGCCAUCCCACCCUCCGCCCUCCUGCCCGCGCCACCACCGCCCACGUUUGAUAAAUACCCAACGAAAGUCGAUCCCUUCUAUCGGCACAGCCACAGCCUGUUCCACUGCUACCCUCCAGCUGUGUCGGGGAUGGGCCCAAUGGUUCCACCGACCGGACCCUUCGGCUCGCUGCAAGGAGCUUUUCAACCCAAGACGUCCAGCCCCAUUGACGUGGCUGCCCGGCCUGGCACCGUCCCACAUACCCUUCUGCAGAAGGACCCGAGGUUGACAGACCCGUUCCGGCCACUCCUGAGGAAACCGGGCAAGUGGUGCGCAAUGCACGUCCAUAUCGCCUGGCAGAUCUACCACCACCAACAAAAGGUCAAGAAGCAGCUGCAGUCGGAUCCGCACAAGCUGGACUUUGGUCUGAAGCCGGAGUUCCUGAGCCGUCCACCAGGACCUAGCCUCUUUGGCGCUAUCCAUCACCCCCAUGACCUCGCUCGACCCUCCACCCUCUUUUCUGCCGCUGAUGUGGCCACGUUAGCCGCUGGGUCAGGAAGAGCCCUGAGUGACAUCACGCAGACCCGCUCCCUGGCUUUGGAGGGCCUGAGGAAAGGCAAUACAAACUGGGAGGUUGUCCUUCCCAGCAGUGGUGCCGCUCACCCAGCUGGGACCCCAUUCGGACCCCCGCCGCAUCACAGCAACUUCCUCAACCCCACAGCCCACCUGGAGCCCUUCAGCCGGCCGACAACAUUCUCUGGUCUCACGGCCGUCAGCGGCAACGCCUUCGGGGGACUCGGCAACCCGACAGUCACACCCAGCCCCGCCGCGUUUGGGCCCAAGGACGGCCCCGGCCCCGGCCCCGGAGGCCCCGGUGGCCCCGGCCUCGGCCCCGGCUCCGGCCCCGCCGCGCUCCUCAGCUUUAGCCGCUCUCCCGAGCCCUGCAGCCGCCUGCACCGCACGCCUCCGUCGUUCCCGACCCCGCCCCCGUGGCCCGCUGGGGCUGCCCUCGGCAGAGAUAGAGAUGUAGAUAAGCAAGACUCCUCCUCCACCUCCACCUCCACUUCCACCUCCACCUCCUCCUCCUCCUCUUCCUCCCUUAGUAAAGGGGACAAAGAAAGGGAGGGGCUGGAGAAGCGCCGCCCCGGCCACAUGUCGCCGGUACCCGCGCCCACCCUGGGCACCGCCCUGGGGCCCAGCCGCGGCUCGGCCGAUCCACCGAGAAGCCAUCUGGGUGCCAAACUGCGUGAGAAGGACCGAGCGCGGGAGCCGCCGGAGCCACGUAAAGACGCAGGCGACCCCAAGGGGAAGGAGGCCGAGGGGUCCGACGAGGCCAAGCAGGCGGUGCGGAUCCCGUCGCCCUACGGCCGGCCCGAGCGCAAGGGAGAGCCGGGCCCAGACCACCCCAAGAAAGGCCCCGAGAUCCGGGUCAAGGAGGAGCGCAAAGAGGAGAACGAAGGGCCGGGUGAGUCCAGCAGCCCGGCCCAACGGACGGCCGAAGCCGCACCGCCACCACCGCCCUUGUCUGCGGCGGGUGUGACCCCAGGCCCCCUGGCAGCCAUUCCCCUGGCUGUGGGUGUGGCAGGCCUCCAUGCGGUGGGUGGCCUUGGUGGGCUGGACCGGACGCGCAUGGUCCCCCCUUUCGUGGGGAUCGGCCCCAUCCCGGGGGCCGAGCGGUUCCCCUACCCGCCCCUCUCCUGGGACCCUGUCCGUGACCCAUUCCGGGAGCUGGACGCGCACCGCCGGGCCGACCCCCUGGGCCGGGCUGACCCCUUGGGCCGCGCCGACCCCCUGGGCCUGGACUUCCUGCAGCGGCUGGCGGCGCCGCGGCUCUACGAGGCUGAGCGCUCGUUCCGUGACCGCGAGUCACACGACUACAGCCACCAUGCCCCCCCGUCACAUCUGCCCCCGCACCACCCGCCGCUGCUCGGGGACCCCCGGCGGGACCCAGAGCGCACUGGGCUAGGCUCCCUAGAUGAGCGAGAGCGGCUGCUGCGCGAGGACUUGGAGCACGGGGGGCGUCUGCACAUCCUGCAUCACCCUGCCGCCGCUACCCUGGAUGGGCCCCUGGCCCACCCGGGACUCCUGGCACCGGGACUGGCCAGCCUGCACUACCCCCGGGUCAGCCCCAUGGCCGCGCACGCCAACAGCCUCCUCCACAAGGCGCCCCCGCCCGCGGCUCUCAGCGCACCCCCGCCGCUUGUCCCCGCCCUGGGGGCACGUGCCCUCUCUCCACGCAGGACUACUCCCCUGGCCACUGAUGUGCGCGAGCGGCCACCCUCCCACACGCUCAAGGACAUCGAAGCUCGGUGAGGGGUUCUGGGGGCCUGGUCCCGGGCAGGCCUCGGUCCCCGGGCAGUUGAGGGUGGGGGUCGCACCGACUGGACCCACCCCAGCCCCCGUGUAAAAAUGUACAGCCCCCCAAGGGCCGUGACUUCCAAGCGUUUUGUACAUCCCAGCCCCUUGCCGGGCCCCGCGGCCCAGCGACAAAUGCCUCGAACCGGCCCUGGAGGGGCGGCCAGCGGGCGAGCCACCGUGGGCCAUGUACAUAGCUGUGUAUAAAGGUUUGCUCCCUGGGUUCAAAUAUGCAAAAAGGGCAACAUGAAAGCUUUACUUUGUACAACUGUAAAUAGGGGAAAUGACAUUACAGACUACAUACAGUGCUACUUCUCCAAUAGCGACUGAGCUCUGCGUCCCCCUCUGGGACCCCCCGCGUCCUCACCCAGUGGCGGGCCGCUCGCCCCCUUCAACUAUGCAAUGAAUGCCGGGCCUUGCGCCGAAGCCUGGAUCAAAGGAGCCUUUUCCAACCCAUUUCCAAACCCGGAAGAUCAUGUUUUCCCUGAGCCGGUUCCCUCGCCCACCCUUGCGCCGCGCGACGCCUUUUUGCCUUUUUCCUUGCUUAGUUUCGAGGCGUCGCCUCUUCUGGGCCGCGGUCGGGGGUCGCAGGGCGGCUGGGCCCCCGAGGGUUGAGGUGCCCGAGCUUAUCGGCCUUUACCCUGGCGGCCUCCCUGCCAAUCAGCACCACUCUCUAGCCGUAAUCCAGGUUUCCCCCCAAAAUCAAUUAGCACCGCCCAUUAGUGGUUGCCCCAAGUCAAUCAGCCAAGUCACUCGGUCAGCACCACCCGCUAGCGGUCUUCCAGCUCGGGGUUUGGGCGGAAUGGGCACGGGAGGCCCUAGGGGGAUGCCUGGUAUUGCCUGGGCAACUAGGUCGACGCCGGUCUCCCGGCCGACCUGAGCCACAAUGAAAGGUUGUGCCCCUCAAAACGCAGCCCCCUCCCCACCAAAAAAGAAAAGUUUCGUUAAAGUUUGCAUCGGUCUCUUGUCUCUUCACCCCUGUGUUAUACAGCCCCGAAUCUUCUCGUCCACGUACUUGGAGAGACUGUGACUUUACUAGCCAAGAAAUCACUCUCUCUCGCGCCUCCUGGACUGGAAAUGUACGUUCGAAAUAAGUUCCAUUGUUCUUCUAAGUGUAUUGAAGUGCUCUCUGAAGUGGUUAACCUGUUUUUGAAAAAAAAGUCCAAUCCCCAGGCCGUCGUUUCUAAUGAGCAGAGAGAUCUAUUUUAGUAGUAAACUGAAGGUUUAGUUGUGAGCUUCAGACUUUGUGAACUCCAGAUGUUGUGCAGUGAUUUUUUUAAAGACUAAGAAAAGGAAAUUAUCCGGAGGAGCCGUUCACAGGAGCGUAGUGGUAGCUGUCAGUAUUGUAAAGAGGCUGUUCUACAUCCC